GUCUGCUGGUCUUACUUCGUCAUACGUUGACGUCAUCAUCAUCAUAAUUCAAAAUAGAAAAUGUCCACUUGGGCCUCGCGUCUGUCCACGGCGGCCAAGUCUGUCACUUCCUCCCCGGUGACGGAGGGCCACAUUGGCAGACACCGCACCGGCACCUCGACCUCCUCCUCCGCUGUCGCCUCACCCCUUAACGUAGGAUCAGGUGCACCAGCAGCGGCGGCGGUGACCGCCAACGACGCCACGUCGUCCGACGUCCGCGAAGAAUUUCGCCGCGUCGCGGAGAAAUACAACGAGGAGAGCGCGUGCAUGCUGCGCCUGCCGCCAGACUGCUGGGACCUCCUCACCGAGUUCCUUUCCUAUGUAGACGUUGUUGCGCUGGGCCAGACGUGUCGCUCGCUGUGGGUGGUGCUGCACGAACGGGAUAGUGUCUGGUGGCGCCAACUCGCGUACCUUCAUCAGGACGUGCGCGACUUGCGUGGUGGCAACCUUCUGUGCACCGCACCGUUGUUUCCCCGGCCGCCGCCCGACGUGUGCAUGAGUCAGUCCGAAAGUCUCAUCCCUUCUCCGAUCACGGCACCGUCCUCUUCGACAGCAAGGGUUGUCGAGGGCCGUCUGCGUUCCUUUGCGGCUCACCCGCGGCGCAGUGACUGGGUGCCCAUGUCUGCCUACGAGCGCUUCUUUCAGGAGCGGCGCGUGUACGUGCUAGACGCGCACCGCGAGUGGCACUUUCAGGAGCUGGCAGACGUGGAAGACAAGGCCACGGGCAUGUUCACCGUUGCGCUGCAUGACGGGAGAUUCGAUUUCUUUUCCUCCCCGCACUCUUCCGAUGCUGCGUCCCCGCCGUUCGUGUCGGCCGCCUCGCCGCCGCCGGCGCAGCUGCCCCGCUCAACCGCUUCCGCGGUCACGACGCCGAUCCAGGCUGCCACCGACAGCGCACGCGACACGUCGCCGAACGUGCCGCCGUCGCCGAUAUCGCUGAUGCCGCCACAGGUUGGCCGGGCGCUUUUCGUCGGCGCCACCGCCACCGCCACCGCAGCCCCCACGCCCCAUCGACGGACCACAUCGAACCAAACAUCGGGAACGUCCGCGGGCAACAGUCCCGCCUUCGCGCCUUCGCCUACCCCGCCGCCACCGUCGCCGCCGCUGCUGCCGCGUGUGGGCGACCCCAUCAUCAACGCGCACAACCCGCUCCUGCAGCUGCGCCUCUACACCAUCGACGUACACGGCGCGGAACGGCGCCUCCACGGUGCUGGAAAUGCCGAGGAUGACGAGGAUGAAGGAGGGGAAGGCGGCAACCACACCGCGAGUGGGUCGGGGAGUCGCAUGAACGGCUCCCACGGCCUGCGUUCCUCUGCCACAGAGCCGCCGGCUAACCUGGCCGGCAUGAGCGACGACGAGGUGCUCGCGUACGUUAUGCAGCUCUCUCUCGAAGAGGCGCAGGCAGCAACUCGGCAAUCGCCCGCGCUGGCCCGUGCCACCCCACCCGUCGCGCCCCCGCAGACCGCGCACGAGCUGCCACAGGGCGGCGCCUCCAGUACACCCACCGCGGCGACGGCGGACCCGAUGUGCUGGCCGCACAACCACUACCGCGGCGCACCCGGGGCGACGUCCCUCCCGCUCAGCGAGCUGCUCACGGUGAUCGACUCGAUCAACAACAACGCGCUCGAUCAGCUGCAUCACCACAAGGUCCGCGACUGCACCGCUGACGAGGACCCGAAGUUUGUGCGCCGUCUGGCCGAGACGCUACGCAGCGCGAAGCACCGGCGGCUGCACCUCGGCAACCACCACCGUGCCGUGCGCAACAACGGACAGACAACGCGCAAUCGAGCCGGCCGCAUCGUCAACGCCGAUAGCGGCGCGGCCUUCAGCGUCUCCGUCACCUCUGGGGCCGGCGGGGGUGCGAGUUCACCGCAACCACCACCGCCGCCGCCGCCCAUGAACCGCAUGUUGCGCGGCUUCCAUGGAGAUCUAUUAGAGAUUACUCAGCGCGAGGCCCGCAUGGUGGCUAACAAGCUGCUUGGCAAACCGAACAUCAUCGACGACUUCGUUGUCUUUCAUUGCUACGACCCUGGCGAGCUUUACCGCCGGCUGUGUCCAGCGUCGAUGGCGUAUGCCGAUGCGGCACCGGCACCAGCAGCGACCACAGCACCAACGCUGUCCACAACCACGCCGGAGGUGAAGCCUCCAGCUGUGAGUGCGGGUCGGCAGGUGAUGAAGCAUGGAACGUUGAUUUCUGUGCCGGCGCCGUUGUACGUUGACCCUGUGGCGGGUGAUGCCGUCAAGACCAACAGCGCCCCCGCCUCUCCCUCGAUGUUGCUGCGUACGGUGAUGCGCGAGCCCGCGCUGACGGCGCUGCCCUUCUUUACGCGCUUCUUCCUCGCCCCGGAGCUGUGCCACGACGGCUACGUCGCACUUCUCGUUGUGGAUGUGGUGCGUGUGCUGGUGGUGGUGGACAAGGAAGUCGUCAGCACGGACAACCCCGACUGGGCGUCGCCGCUGAUUGACCGCGGCGGCCGUGUUGUGGUGCCCGGGCAGGGUUACAAUCCGCAGGCGUACACGCGAAGUGAGUACAACUACGUCCCGCCGAACCCGCCUCGCCGCAACCGUGAAUCGAAUUGA